CUACCACGAGCGCAGGUUACCUUGAGAAGAACGAUUUUGUUUUCCUCGGAAAAUUUCUCUACGAUCAACAAGUCCUCCCCGUCCCCACCCGUCUUAAAAAAGAACACCUUCAAAGCCAUUUCGCCUCUUGGGGAGCCAUCAUGGUCCGCAAACUCAAACACCACGAGCAGCGCCUCCUCCGCAAAGUCGACCUGAUCACCUACAAGUCCGACCGUUCUCAUCGCGAAGCCGCCGUGCGCCAGCGCUACCACCUCACCCACCCGCUCGACUACUCCAAGUACAACGCCCUCUGCGGACGCCUCUGCCAGCUCGCCCACCUCCUCGCCAACCUCGACCCGGCGGACCCUUACCGCGUGGAGAUGGAGACGGUAGUGCUCGAGAAGCUGCACCAGAUGGGGCUUUUGAAACAGAACCGCGGCCAGGGCGCCGGCCUCUCCAGCGUCGCAAAAGACGUGACCGUCUCGGCCUUUUGCCGGCGCCGGCUGGGCGUGUUGAUGACCCGGACGGGCAUGGUCGAGCACGUCGGCACGGCCCACAAGUUCAUCGAACAAGGCCACGUCCGCGUCGGCACCGAGGUCGUGACCGACCCUGCCUUCCUGGUGUCGAGGGGCAUGGAGGACUUUGUGACGUGGGUCGACGGCAGCAAGGUCAAGAGGCAGAUCCUACAGUAUCGUGAGAAAUUGGACGAUUUUGAUCUGUUGUGAACUUGACGAAGAGGAAAAUUAAAAUAAAGAGAAGUAUGCCAUGGACAUCACCUGGAACCUUGUCGUCCACGACGUUCUACAGCACAUCUCGACUGCCAAAUUUCGGGAACGAAACGCACCCGCCCCAGGAGAAACAGCAUACGUUGACCCACGGGCCCCCGACAAACCAUCAAUACCAAAAGGCGUACAUUGAAAUUCCCAGUCGACCAUGAAUGUACGGAUGUCAACGAUAUUGGACGUACAAGCAACGCACUCGAAAUGAAACGCCCGUGCCUCGAUGAUGACUAAGUAGAAGCACAGUCAGAAUGAUGCUCCGACACCUCGUCCUUCCGCAAAGAUGACAGAACUGGCUGUCGACGAUCCAAACAGCCUCGAGCCAAAACACUGAAGGAUUUUCGUCUAUCCAACAGCCUCGGAUGGUCAAAUCCAGGUCUUGUAUGGCAUCCAGUGUAAGACGACGCGGUUGGCCCUUGACCACCAGUCUGCGACCGUAUUGGACCAUAGGUUCCAAGGUGGAGCGAACGAUAUCUGAAAUCGAGAUGCUCUGGCUGUGCAGAGAGACCGGGCCUGUGCAAGUGUGAUAUAUAUGUGGGAAGGGAUCGCCAUGAAGCAGUACCGGAGAGAAGGGGUAGCAGAAGAAAAUGCGCAUAUGAUAGAUACACUGACAUUGACGAAGAAACGAGAAUUUUUAAUCCUGA